CACACAUGUGCAGACUGACACACCUCCUGAACCUGCAGCACAUACAGAUGUGUUUCUCAGUGUUGAAGCAACUCCGCUGCUGUGUGUGGAUCAUCUCUCUGCAUACAGACACCAUUACCUUGUAGCUGACAAGCAAACUUGGAUCUACUUAAAUCCCUGUGCCAGGCGUUACUACUUAAACACUCCAGACACUGCCAGAGCACUGAGAGAUAUCAGGUAUUGAUGUAACUGCAGUGAAUAAGGGAACCUUCUUCCUAAGCACAGACAUUGGAGCCUGUUAUCAGCAUGAACUCAUAUGUGUUAGACAAACACUUGAAUAGUUUCACUACAGGAAGCACCAGUCUUAUAUUGCAGACUCUAAAAGUCUUAGACACUAAUGACUAUUCACAAACAUUGGGAAAAUCACAGCAGAUAUUUAAAGGAGAUGGUAAAUUGGUAGGAACUGGGCAGCAAUCAUUAUAUACAGAAAGUAAUUUAGUCAUCAAACAAGAGGACAACAUUUAUGCCUUAUCUAGUGAAAUGAUUAUCCCAGAGGAUAAACCACACACAUUUACUGAGUUUUCAAAACAUUUUAAGGAAGGGAAAUGUCUUAAGUCUAGCCAAAUGAUUCAUACAAAUAAAAAAACUUUCAAAUGCACAGAAUGUGAGAAAAGCGUCAUAUGUAAUUUGCAUCUCCUUGAACAGCACACAGUUCACACAGUUGUGAAACCUCACACGUGUACAGAAUGUGGGAGAUGUUUCACAUCUAAAGGCGGCCUUAAGUAUCACAAAACGACCCAUACAGGGGAGAAACCUUUCACAUGUAAUGAGUGUGGAAACAGUUUUACACAAAAGAGUAAUCUGAAAAUUCAUGAAAGGAGUCAUACAGGAGAAAACUGUUUCAUAUGUACAGAGUGUGGCAAAUGUUUUACACUAAAGAGUCAUUUGAAAAGUCAUAAAAGAAUUCACACAGGAGAAAAACCCUUCACAUGUACAGAGUGUGGAAAAGGUUUUACAAACAAGAGUCAUCUGAAAUCUCAUGAAAGGAGUCACACAGAAGAAAAACCUUUCACAUGUACUGAGUGUGGAAAAGGAUUUAAAAACAAGACUAAUCUGAAAACACAUGAAAGAAUUCACACAGGAGAAAAACCUUUCACAUGUACAGAGUGUGGAAAAAGGUUUACACGAAAAGAUAAUCUGAAAGAUCAUGAAAGGAGUCACACGGGGGAAAAGCCUUUCACGUGUACAGAGUGUGGGAAAUGUUUUACAGAAAAGAGUAGUCUAAAAACUCAUGAAAUGAUUCACACAGGAGAAAAGCCUGUCACAUGUACAGAGUGUGGAAAAUGUUUUACACAAAUAAGUCACCUGAAAACUCAUGAAAGGAUUCACACAGGAGAAAAACCUUUCACAUGUACAGAGUGUGGAAAAUGUUUCACACUAAAGAGUACUCUGAAACAUCAUGGAAGGAUUCACACAGGAGAAAAACCUUUCACAUGUAUAGAAAAUUGAAAAAGGUAUCCCAUGCCAGUAAUGUAUCACAAAAACACCAAAUAUUUACACAUAAAAUAAACUUUACAUGCACUGUGUGGAAACAUUUUAAAAUUAUUCUUAAGAGGACAAACUCUCUAAAUAGAAGAGUAAAAAAGAAUGGUAUUGUAAAUAAUACUUUUUAAAUCCCAUUUGCAAAAUCUCCAUAUUAGAAGUGCUCUCCCGCUGUCCUUUGUUCCUCUAUAUAUGUGCACCUCAGUUUCUCUCAUAUAAAUGUGAUAGAAUAUAAAAACCUUCACAGGAAUAUACAAAUAUGUCCUCAUACUAACCAGUUUACACAACCAUUCACCCCCAAAGCACCCCUAGUGUUGUUUAUUAAUAUGCCAGUGUUAGGAGUUGUAUGUUUGAUUUACAUAGGAGAGAAAAUAAUUAUAUUUACAGAAUAAAGGAGUCUUUAUAUGAAUAGAGCUAUAGAAACUUAAAUAAACAAGAACAUCAGUCUCAAAUGAUUGACAUCUGGGAGAUAUAUUUAAUGUGCACAUCAUGUGGAUAAAUCUUUUCUUAUAGCAACAGAUGCUUAGUAUUGUACAUUUUAUAUACCAGAUGAAUUACUGAUAGGAAAUUGAUUUUAUUUAAUGAGACUCUAUGGGCUAGAUUACAAGUGGAGCGCUAAUUUAUCGCGCACCCAUAAACGGACAAAUUUGCCCAUUUGUGGGGGGCGCAAUAAGUAAUCAGCCAUUACAAGUGGCUGAUUUUUUCUACCGUGAGCUUGUGGUAGCAAUUAGCGCUUAUAAAAUAAACAAGAGAUCAGGUCUCUGGUUAAUUUUAUAAAUGUCCACAAAAUGUCCCUUAAUUUAAGUGUUAGGUUUCUUUAAAGGGAAAGAAAAAAAAAACUUCACUUAGCAGUUCUUGGGAGCUAAAGUCGGCGGCUGUUAGGUAUUAAAAAAAAAAAUGGCACUGAAAAGUGUCUUUCCAUUGUGGUCUAUGGGAAUGGGAACUGUGUGUUCCCUGUAAUUAUAUUAAUAUGCUUAUAUACAUGUAUAUUAUUUGUUCUAAGUAUAUACACAUAUUAACACAAAAACAUAUAUAUAAAUUUUAAUAUAUAUAUGUUUUUGUGUUAAUAUGCUUAUAUACAUGUAUAUUAUUUGUUCUAAGUAUAUACACAUAUUAACACAAAAACAUAUAUAUAUAUUAAAAUUUGCUGCCAUUGCUUGUUCUCGUGCUGUGUCUCAGGGCAUGAGAACGAGACUCCCAUUGCAGCAUGUGGAUUUGCACUCCAUUUAUAAUCAAGGCCUAUAUCAGUAACUGCUACAUUUAUGAUCAUAUGUAAAGCAACAAGUCCACCAGCACUUCCAAUAAUAAAAGACC